ACAGCCCGACAACAGUGUGUGGAGAGAAGCAGGCAACAUGUGGAUUCUGGCCCAAAUCGGUUCCGCCUUGAAGCUCUACGUGGUCGGACUGAGGGUUUUGCUCUACCAGCUCUUUCGCAGACCCUUUACCUCACCAGUUUUGCCCGUGCAGUGUGGGAAGGUUGCCAUCGUUACAGGGGGAUCGAGGGGCCUGGGCUAUGAGGUAGCGAGGCAGCUGACCGGCCUGGGGAUGCACGUUAUCAUAGCCUCGCGUGAUGAAAAGCAGGGAUUGGCUGCUGUGAAGAGGCUUCGCGAGGAGAGGAGCGGAGCUCAAGUGGACUUUGAGCUCCUGGACCUGGCCUCUAUGGACUCCGUGCGACGGUUUGUCCGCAGGUUUGAGGACCGAAGGCUCCCGCUGCACGCGCUCAUCAACAACGCGGCCGUCAUGCUGGUUCCUGAAGGGAAGACAGAAGAUGGAUUUGAGCUGCACUUUGCUGUCAACUACCUGGGCCACUUCCUACUGACCCGCCUGCUCCUGGGCGUGCUGGUGCGCUCCGGGACGGCCGAAGCGUGCUCCAGAAUCAUCAGCAUCUGCUCCGCUGCUCACUACACGGCCGACACUGACCUACAGGACCUUCGCAGCAUGCGACACUACAGUCCCUACGCGGCAUACUCCCGCAGCAAGCUGGCCCAGGUCCUGUUCACCUAUCAACUCCAGCAGGAACUCCAGUCUGGUGGCUUUGCUGUGACGGCCAACACUGUGGACCCUGGCAUGGUGGACACGGAUCUGUACCGCAACUUGAGCACCCCUGCCUGGCUGGCACAAAGGCCUAUAGCCCGCUUGCUGUUCAGGACGGCGUCACAGGCUGCAGGUACAGCCGUGUUUGCGGUGGCGUCUCCGGAGCUGGAAGGCACCGGCGGGUGUUACCUGUACGAAGGAAAGCGUGUCCAGUCCUCUGCGGCCUCAUACGAUGCAGAGCUUCAGGCUCGGCUGUGGAGAACCAGCUGCGGCCUGCUAGGACUGCCGGAGUCCCUGUUAGCGUAGCGCGGCUAACGUCAGCAGCAAAGCGGUUUGUCUGUGAAGGACGGAUCGCCUGGUCCGAUCAAAGCCCUGUUUUUUGUUUUUGCUUUCCUUUCCUGGAAUAUUCCAUUCAGUAUUAUUUUGUGUUGACAAUCUCUCCAUACCGACAGACUGUGAUUGGCUGCAAUACGUGGGAGAAUUCACGGAUACGGAGGAAACGUUUUUACUAGGAUUCAUUCGUUUUUCGAGAAGAAGGGCUCGACGCAUUUGGGAGGAUUGCUGGGACUUCCCCUCCCGCACUGUGACUGUAUGUGUGUGUACGUGUGUGUAAAACUGCUGUAGCUGCCCUUCGAUCUUCCAAACGAAAAGAAGAAGCACUUUGCCUGGACAGGUACGCCACCUGUGUCGGCUCUUCUCGUCAACCCGUCGCGUCGCGUUUCCCACGAAGCGUCCAUCUCUGUGUUGUACCGCUGUCGUCUCGACGUUCACCUGCGAACGGCGCAGCCACCGUUUACGUUGUCGUCUCUUGUGCAUCGUGAAUGCUCGUCGGUGUCCUUUUUAAUAAGGUUACGUAUUCGGAUUUCUUUUCACUGCAAAGCUUCGAACGGACGAAUGUUUUGUUCAUGUUUUCCGAACUCUGCGAGGGGUUACAUUUUUGACUAUAAAUUAUUUUUUAACAUUUACAGAGAAGGAAGCCAUUGAGGGUUAGGCCCGAGCUGUUUGUCUGUAGAUAGCCAAUAAAUAACUUUUAUCCAACUUUUUUUAAUUCUUAUGGUGGUUCAUUCUUAAAAUUCCAUAGACUUUUCCAAAUUUCUGCGUAAUUCAGUGGUUGAGAUGCAAACAAAAUCAUUCAGAGCGGUUUGAUGUGAAAUUGUUCAUUGUAGAGACUCAGAAAA